UUGCUUCCUUAGCGACCAGUCUUAGGUAUCAGAGAGGACCGAUUUACGUAUUCCCCAAACUUUGUUUUUGGCUAAGGACUCCAGUAGCAGGAAAGUCCCUGGAGUGAAACUGAGUUUCCAACACUGAGAGUCCCCCAGGAGUUCUGCAAAUGACUUUUGGUGUUUUUAAUGCAGGAUUUCUGGACUGCUGUGAACCUUGAUGGCAGCUUGUCUUUCUGCAACAGGCAGCAUGGCCGAAGCCAGACCAGACAAAGAAUUGAGAAUUCUGCUCAUUGGCAAAACCGGAUCUGGGAAGAGCGCAACAGGAAACACCAUCCUGGGGGCUGAGAAAUUUAAAAGCACAUCCAAUCUUGAUUCAACAACCAAGGCCUGCGAAAGAAGAGACGCCACUGUAGGUGGCAGGGCAAUUGUUGUUGUUGACACACCUGGGUUCUUUGAUACAGCAUAUAAGAAACGCUUCACACGAGAGGAGCUGAAGAAGUGCAUUUAUAUGGUCUAUCCUGGAGCUCACGCCAUCCUCAUCGUGAUAAAAGCAGGGAAGGUCACAAAGGAGGACCAGGAAAUAUUUCAGGAAGUGAAAAGCUUCUUCAAGGAUGAAGGAAAGAACUAUCUGAUUCUUUUAUUCACCUAUAAAGAUGAGUUAGAUAAGAAUCAUUUAACUAUAAAUGAGUUCAUACGAGGCGCUGAGGGGAACCUGAAGGAUCUGAUUGAGAUGUCCGAAGGACGAUUGAUUGCUUUUAACAAUGUGGCUGAUAAAAAAGAAAAGGAGAGUCAGGUGAAGGAGCUCAUUGAGAUGAUUGAUCACUUGGUGGCACUCAAUGGCAGAACACCAAUGUACACCGAAGAACAAUUCGAAAAGGAUAUGCCUCAAUGGAGUUGGUGUUCUUUAAUUUAA